AUGUCCCCGGCACGACCGGAAGCUCCAGCCUCGGGUGCCUUCAUUGGGAAACUGCGAGUAUUGAAAGCACCCGCCGGCUUCAUUCCAUACGGUAACUGCCGCCCAUCAACAUACAUCGAGUUGAAACCGAAGGACUACGAGUUCAGAGCUGUAAUGUUAGCCAUACAUCUCGGUCUCAGCAUGCUCGAGUCCCACCGAGGCCGCCAGAUCAUGGCUGAGAUGGGUGUUAAAGUUGUCAAGUACCAUCAACUACAGAAGGAUCGCCUUCGCUACCGAGACGACACCAUCAGCAUGUCUGAAUAUGCCGCGUCCUUUUUGGAGACUCUCCGUCACUACUUUCCCAACAUUUAUCUGACCAACAACAUUCGCCGGGUGGGAGGUGCUGCGCAGGCUGAAAGACGGUAUUGGAGCCCCGACACAAGCCCAUAUAACCCUAAAAGGGAUGGCGGGAUAAAGAUGUGUAAGAUGAUCAUCCAGAAUAUCGCAAACGCCGCCCGUAUCCUCCGGAAUUCUACGACAUUGCCCAAGCGUCGCAAAAACACGCUGAAAAACUCUAGAACCGGAAGUUUUCAAAUGGGCUUCGCCAUCGCCCGUGAGCUUGUACAUAAAUGGGUUGGCUACCUUGAUUGCGGCCACGUCUUUUCGCUUCCCGGGGAAAUGGCACCAGGUUGUUUCUGGGAAACCAGGUUUCUCGGCGGCCGUCUGCUGGGCUACAUGGUAGACAGAUCAGACCCAUUGGGCGUGAGGCAGGCUGGCAAAAUAUACUUGCUGAUGGGCGAACCAGGUGAAACAGUGGAACGCGCUCGUGAACUGGACGAGAGCUAUGUCCAGCGGAUUCUGAACUUUGAUUUCGAGCACGCCGCAAGACCUGCCUCAAACGCACCCGUGCUUCGCCGUCCGCCCCCUGAGGAUCUUAUGGAGAGAGUCCGGGCUUCGGUCGUCCCAGAACGCUUCGAAUUCGUUUUCCACCCCGAGGAAUUGGACAUCAUGAACAGGAUGGAGACGUAUACAGUUCCAGUACAUGUCCCUAAUUGGCUGUCCCGGGUUCGAUGA